UGAAGAAGAAGAACACUGCCACUAUGAAAAUAGCAGAUGCAUUAAGCAGGAUAGCUCAGGCAAAUGAAAAUGAUUCUCAGCGUGAAUAUGAAGAGAUUUCAGAAGCACGUGCUAGGAAGAUAGAAGAAGAAGCGCGUGCUUAUGAGACGUCAAUUGCGGGAGUCAUGGAGCACCUUAACGAAGUUGAUGAAGUUGUUGAUGAUCCUGAUUUGUUUGGCCGGUGCACAACACUCCUUAUGAGGGAGCAAGCUGCAAGGGAGAUGUAUGUGACUCUGAAGAACAAGAGGGAAAGACUCCUGAUCUUCUUGAAGCACGACAAGACAAAAAAUGGCUGAUGAAAUUAAAAUUGCGGAAAAGUAUCGUAAACG